AUGACUUUUGGAGAUGUAACCCUUCAACAUGUGCAAAGAACGAAAAAUAAGAAAAUCGAUGCAUUGGCUGCUCUAGCUUCAACGCUAAUCCUUCCUGAUCAGACGCAAGUUACUAUUUGUCAAAAAUGUAUAGUGCCACUGCCAACUGAGGAAGAAUACAUAGAAAAUGUGCUUGAGCAUCUCGUCGCUGUUUCUGAAGUCGUGAAGGAAGAUUGGAGACAACCCAUUAUUGACUACAAGUGUUAUGGGAUACUUCCAGAAAAUCCAAUCCUGCCACUUGAGCGUCAAAUACCUUCCUUAAAACUUUCAAUUCAAGAAGGGUGCACUGAAGAAGAAAAUGCUCGACUACGUCUUGCAGAGUUAGAAACACUUAAUGAAAAGAGGCUAGAAGCUCAACAAAAUCUUGAAUGUAAGCAAACUCGUUUAUCUCGUGCUUUUAACAAGAAGGUUCGCUUGAGGUGCUUUCAAGUUGGAGACCAAGUUCUCACGGUAAGAAGACCCAUCAUUACUUCGCACAAGUCUGCGGGUAAAUUUACCUCAAAGUGGGAUAGACCAUAUGUUGUACAAGAAUCAUAUUCACAUGGUGCUUACAAGCUUGUUGAUACAGAUGGAGUAAGGAUCGGUCCUAUUAAUGCAAAAUUCCUAAAGAGUUACUACCCUUGA